AACCCUCAUGACAAUCCACUCCUACUGCCCAAACCUUUUCGGCCGCCAUCUCGAGAUUCGUAGAACUGCCCAUGUCAUGCCGACCGUACCUUAUACUGGGCUGCUUCCUCUUUUCGUAAUUCCAUUGGGACCCUUUGAGCCCGAACGGAGCCCGCGGCUUGCAGAACGAUAUCGCGCCAGGUCGUAAGAACCCGAGCAUGAAACGAAAACCUCCCGAUUUUGCGAAUACAAAGGGCCACCAACUUGCGUAAGACCGUUUCCAACGUGAGAUAUGGGACGAUGUUACGCCCUGGGUUGCUUAGACACAUUAGCCACAAGCUGCACAAUUCACAUUUGUUGCUUACUGCUGCAUAAUACACGGUUAUCUCGGGGCCGUCUUGUAU